AAACGCCGCAACGCGACCACUCCUCACGAAACGCAUCAUCUCCCCACAAAUUCCUCUUUCCAACGAUAUAUUACAAGCCCCCAUUAGCACACACGCCGUGUGUAUGUCGCGGAAUGAACGCCGACGCACACAUCUUAAUGUCGUCGGAAAGUGGUGGUGGUGGCGACCGGGGCUUUACUUGAUUUUGCCACAUUGUUUGCGGAUCUCCCGUGGUUGUGUUAGUCGGGAAUUGCAUUAGCGGGGUCGCUGUCUCUUCUGAGGGAAACGAGCUUGCUUUUGAUGCUGAAUGUGAUUGGGCGUGAAAUGAUGUUUUGGCGAUGAGUGGCCAUGGUCGCAAUGAUCGUCCACCAUAGCUCCUCUCCCUUGUUCAUCAACCUGUGCCCGGGGUGUUACCAUCUGUGGCCUUGUGGAGGGGAGGGUAGCAGCAGCAGCAGAGUGAGUGGGAGGAGGAGUUGGGUUCAGCAGCACACAUGGGGUGGAGCGAGAAGGGUUAAGAUGGGACGGAGAGUGUGUGGGGGUGAAGAAGGGGGAGGAGUACAAGGGAGUGGGGACGCCGCGGUAGCGAUGUCGCUGUGGUAUGAGGGCAACUCGGUACGAUAUGGGGGUGUUUCAGGUUUUGUGGACCAGCAGUGUGGCGUGCUUAUGAGCCAGCAGUCUGAGGUUCAUUUGGAUGUGCACGUCCGCGGACCCUCCAUGCUCGUUUUUUCAGGUGGAACGGCCUUUAACGGUGUGGUGGAGGAGCUGAAGAAGUGGACGACGCGCGUCUCGCACGUUCUUCCGGUAUCAGAUGACGGUGGGAGCACAGCGGAGAUUGUGCGCGUUGUUGGAGGUCCUGCCGUUGGAGACAUACGGUCUCGAUGUUUGAGGCUUUCGAGUGAUAGUUCCGUGGAGGCCUUGGCAGUGAAGCGGCUGCUUGGUCACCGGUUGUCGUCCGAAGAGACAGAAGCAAAAGCUGAGUGGUAUGAAAUUGUGGAAGGUGAGCAUCAACUUUGGGAUAAUGUCUCUGGCCCAUACAGAGAAACAAUUAGGGCAUUUCUUGUGCACUUUCAAUGCCAGAUUCUUUUACGUUCGGUUGACAAGUUUUCAUUCAGGAAUGGAAGCAUAGGGAACUUCUUCUUUGCUGGAGCUCGCAUUUUUUUCCAAUCACUGGAUGCGGCAAUUUUUCUAUAUUCGCGAGUAUCCCACAUCCCAACACACAGUUUAGUGCUUCCAGCAAUCAGCACAAAUGAUCGACUGACUUUAGGUUGUGAACUGCUUGAUGGGACUGUCAUUAAAGGGCAAAAUGCAAUAUCGCAUCCAACAGUCAACGAUUCAAUGUGCAGAACAUCUGUAGUAAAGACGUCAUCUCCGCUGCCAUCACCUAUAAAGCGCAUUUUCUAUAUGUCCAGUGAAGGCAACAACAUAUUUCACGAGGUCUUCCCUGCUGUGAACCCUGCGGUGGUGGAGCAACUAUCCCUUGUCGAUGCUAUUGUUUAUGGCAUGGGUUCACUAUACACUUCCAUAUGUCCGUCUUUGGUCUUGAGAGGAGUUGGCGAAACCAUAGCUGCACGUUCGUGUCUUAAGGUGAUGAUUCUCAACAGUACGUAUGAUCGUGAAACUUUUGGUAUGCCUGCUUCAGCAUUCGUUGCCUCCAUAACCGAUGCACUCAAUCGCACGUUCUGUGAUUCCAUGGAGUCACGAAACUGCGAUGAUCCUUGUCCUAGCCUUGAUCACUCGCCAAGUGACUACAUUACAGUAAUGCUGGUGCCAGAAGGUGGGGACAUAAAAAUCGAUGUGGAAAAUUUGACACGAAUGGGAAUCGCUCGAGUCGUAACUGUAGACUCUACUAUUGAUGAAAAAUUGGGCAGGAUAUAUGAACCAAAAGCUCUGAUAGGAGCACUGCAAGUUGAGAUUGCCAUGCUCCAUUCACACGAAUGAAAAUAUCGAAGUAUAUUGAAAUAUGAUCUGACGUAAAAGCUGAAUGCAGUACAAAUGCACAAUAUGUUCUAGCCAGUAGGUAGAUUUUGUAGUUACCUGCAAACUCCAACUUAGGUGGACUUCCUGCUGUGGACAUAACUAGAAUGUUGGUUUCCGCUGAUUUCGCUACGAAUUUCAAACAAUGCAACGAAUUUGUAACAAAUUGGAUCUGAACUCAGGCGAGAAUAAAAAUGGGCAUCGAAGUAACGUAAU